GCAUCUAGAAAUACAAUAUAUAUUUCUCGAUUUCUCCGGAUGCAUGCACCGGUGGUUUUCAACUGUGUCGAAUGCGCGCUUCGGAGGGAGUUCCAGAACGCAGUUAUAAACGGUUGGAGCGCGUCCCGUUUGUAGUCUAGUCAGUCAGGCGGUCUGUUAGAUCCCGGAGAGAGAGAGAGAGGGAGAGGGCUUGAGUAGGGGACAAAUGAUGGCAAUCGCGAAGAUACCGUGGCUACUUCUCCUCGAGAUGGGAUUGUACGCCAGUUGUUUCGUUUGUGGAAUCGUCACGGCAGCUUCUCUCACUAUCACACAGGGGAGUUUCAGGGGUCUCUGUAUCCUGUAUGGGACAGUAAAUCACAACUCGUCAUCAGACUCCAUAUUGGUCCAGACCUCCAGCUCUCCCUCGCUCUGUUACUUUGUCUCUGCUAUCUCAGUGUGUGUAGCCGUGUUCUGUUUCUCCAUAUCACUGUACUGGAUAUAUACAUGCUGCCUGGAUGGAGGGGUUAACAGAGAGCGUCUAUGGCUGAACGUGACCCUGGUGGUGUGUGGAGUGUUUCUCUUCUUCCUCCUGGUGACGGGCUGUGUGUUGAAGGUCGGAAGAGACUCUCUGUGUGACUCUGUCCUACACGCUGUCCCCAACAUCACCAGCUGUGAAGAGGCUCAGUCUCGAACCUGGAUCAGUCCUUACACUGGAACACAGUUCUACACUGGACUGUACAACGCUGGGACUGCGGUGUGGGUGAACUUCUUUUUCUGGAUUCUGAUUGGCGUGCUGGUGGUGAUCCAGAGAGGUCAAGGGUCAGAGUUCAGAAUGACGGCGGCCGACCCCUUAGCCACGCCCUCUGAGACAGAACCUUUCUUCCCGCGCCCGACCCGGCCCCGGUGACUCAUAACCGUCUCGCCUUACGACCUGUUGGCUAGACACGUGUGGAUGUGCGCAAACACAUGACGGAGACACACACACACACGGGGGACGGACACACACAUACUCCUCACUGUCUGACCUGUUAGUAGAGAAUGAAUGAACCUCACCCUGUGUAUGUUUUCAGAGAGAGGCUGUGUGUGAGAGAGAGUCCUCCACACACACACACACACACACACACACACACUGUUCCUGGGGUCAGUGUCUAUGCGGAUCUCUGGUUCUGAGUACUGCGCCCCAGUGAAGCAGAGAUGGCCUAGCUGAUUUAAGGCAGCAUCCGUCUCUUCACUGGGCUAAAGGAUUUAACAAACAUAUACCAAUGGUAACACGUAGCGCCACUGUAGCUUGCUCUGGUCCCUCCAUCCACAGUCCUUUCUCUGUGGUCCCUCCAUCCACAGACCUUUCUCUGUGGUCCCUCCAUCCACAGUCCUUUCUCUGUGGUCCCUCCAUCCACAGACCUUGCACUGUGUGUGUGUGUGUGUGUGUAUAUCCCACUACGGACCACUGCCAAACCAAGGCUACUGCACCACAGUCAGCUUUCAGCAAUGUCACACUGUCCUACAGACAGACACACCUUAUAAUGUCUUCCUGACUACUAAGACACAAAGCAACCAUUUUGUUACUGCGUUCCCUUUCUGCCUGCACUUACUUUGCUUUUUAAUAAUUAAAAAAAGAAUCUAAAACAUGUAUUUUGUUUGAGUGAAUGAAUUAUUGUUGCCAUUUGUUGAUACUGUAUUGUUGAAUCCUUUUUACAGAGCUUUAUUAAAAGCAGGUAUCGACCAUCCAAUUAAAGAUACAUUUUGUUUGU